AUGGCCUCAGACUCCACCAAAACCGCCGAGCACCUUCACAUCGAGCAUCUCGUUCGGACCAAGAUCCCUCAAGGCGCGAUCUAUGCCUUCUUGCUCGAGCCCGUCGUCAUCACCAAUGCAUCCAAAGACUACUGCGUCGCCCGCCUGCUGCUCAACGAACGGCACAUGAACAGCCAGAAGAGCCUGCACGGCUCGGUAUCUGCCACCAUUAUCGACUGGAUGGGCGGCAUGGCGAUUGCGACGCAUGAUCUCCGCGCCGGCACUGGAGUCAGCGUGGACAUCCACGUCACCUACCAGUCCGGCGCAAAGCUAGGUGAAGAGAUUGAGAUCGAGGGCAUCGCCGAGCGAGUUGGCGGAAAUCUGGCAUACACCAGAGUCAACCUGUUCAAGGUGCAAGACGGCAAGCGUGGGAGCAUCAUCGUCUCGGGCACGCACACCAAGUUUGUGAAGGGCUCGGAAUCCAAGAAGCAGUAA